AUGACUUCGGGAGCGCGGCUUCCGACAUGGAAGGAGAGGGAGAACAACAAGCGCAGGGAGAGGAGGCGGAGGGCAAUCGCCGCCAAGAUCUACGCGGGGCUGCGGAUGUAUGGGAACUACAAGCUUCCGAAGCACUGUGAUAAUAACGAGGUCCUCAAGGCCCUGUGCAGAGAGGCCGGGUGGACAGUGGAGGAGGACGGCAGCACCUACCGCAAGGUAAAGGCCACCACAUCCCUCUCCGCGGACCUCUUUUACGGGUGAUCUCGUGAACUACAUAUAAGCCUAUUUAUAUCAGCCCCCCGCGUCCUUAAUUCCGAUUAAUCAGGUAGGCACACCUCUCUCGGUGUUUCAUCGACGGAGGUAUUCGUCUAGAAUCGUCAGGGUCAUGGGAGAUUUGAAGGCCGGGCAGUGAUCUGAAUCGAUUGGUUCCAUCUGAGAGUGCGAUCGGCUCGCGGUUCACUGUCCAUCUUCACAUGUUGCUUUUCGCAUCGAGGGACAACACUUCAUCUGGGAUCCCGAUGAUCGAUCGAUCGAUCGAUAUCAUCUCUCGAAUGAAAGAAGAGCAAAAUUACUUCGUCCGCCGUCCUUUCUGGUGUUGUUUCUGAGUUUCAAUUUCGCACCUCUUUGUUUAGAAGAGAAAUAUCAUGGGGGAGCCAUGAGGCAGUUUCUCUUUCCCAAGAUGAUCGAUCUGAGGCAUGAUAUUAUCCAAAUCGGUCUUUUUCAGAAUCCAUCCCCGCUGUUCGUAAAGCCAAUUCACCCCAUGGAAUUUUCCGCCGGCUAUAUUCAUUGAUCCAUAUUUCUUCGAUCGUUUUUUCCUCCUCGCCUGAUUUGUUCUUCCCGAUCACGCCCGUCCGAUCCGGCCAAACUUUCUUCAGGAGCAAGCAUUCCCCCGUUCAUCGGAUUCCCGACCGUGGGUCUCUUCUAGACCCUUCUUCCUCCUCCCAUUUCAUUUUUUUUGCAGAAUCUAGCUGAGCCAUUCUUUCCCUACUCGUCUUCUAGUACCAGUUAGAGGGAAACCGGGGGCGAACCCAGAAAAGCAAGGAUCCAUUUUUUCAUCUCUUCCAUUUUCUGCUUUGAUCUUCACCGGUCAGCUCUGCAGCCCUAACAUCUCUCCUCCUCCUGUUUUCCAGGGAUGCAAGCCGGCGGAGCACAUGGAGGUCGCAGGCGGCUCCGCCUCCCCGAGCCCAUGCUCGUCGUACCAGCCGAGCCCUGCAUCAUCCUCCUUCCCGAGCCCUGCUUCAUCGUCCUAUAUCACCAACGGCCACAACUGGGCAGCCAACUCAUCCGAAGUCAACUCCAUGGUGCCAUUCCUCAGCAGCCUUGCGUCGGCUUCUUCCCCCUCCAAAGCGCCGACGCCUCAUCUCCACCACCUCUACAUGCACGGGGGGUCGAUCAGCGCCCCUGUCACGCCGCCUCUCAGCUCCCCGACGGCGCGCACGCCUCGGAUCAAGACCGACUGGGACGACCCAGCGGCGCCGCCGCUCUGGUUCCUGCCGUCGUCUUCCACCGGCGGGCCUUCUUCUCCGACCUUCAGCCUCGUCUCGUCGAACCCAUUCGGUGGCUUCCUCAGCGAGGUGCCCGCAGCUCGUGGAGGCUCCGCCGCGAUGUGGACGCCGGUGCAGAGCGGCACCUGCUCUCCCGCCGUUCCAGGGGAAGCGGACGUCCCCAUGCCGCCGGCCCCGCCCUCAGAGGAGUUCGCCUUCGGCGGCGGCGGCGGCAGCUGCAGCAACGAGAACGCGCUGCUGUUGGGGCCGGUGAAGGCCUGGGCGGGCGAGAGGAUCCACGAGGAGUGCGGCUCAGAUGACCUCGAGCUCACCCUCGGCAGCUCCAAGAGCAGGUCCAACGCAUGA